CUGGUCCCUGGCUAGUUUACGGAAAAAAAAUAUCAGUGUAGCUCUAAAAAGCAACCGAAGUAACCAGAAGACCCUAGGCCCAGGCUAAUCUUCUUUUUCCCACGAAAGAGCGGUCUUUGCACACGCGUCAGUCUAUGACAGUUGGAUGGUGCAUGUUCGGGCUGAUCUUGUGUACUUGUAUUUUGUAGUUGCUGUGUUGCAUCAUCUUUCUUCUCCUGCCUGGAACUUGCUAGAGUCUUCUUCUGUGUUAUUGUUUACUUUCCCACGAUGGGUUUCCUGGAUUCUGUCUCUGAACUCUGUGAUUGGCCUCAUUUUCAUAGCCACAAAAAGAUUAAAAAGAAGCAACUACAGACGGUGGAGAUUAAAGUGAAGAUGGACUGCGAGGGAUGCGAGAAGAGAGUGAAGAAAUCAGUGGAAGGCAUGAAAGGAGUGACGCAAGUGAAAGUGGAACCGAAGCAGAGCAAGCUCACCGUGAUCGGUUACGUGGAUGCGGACAAGGUUUUGGAGCGCGUCAGGCAUCGGACCGGCAAGAAAGUCGAGUUCUGGCCUUACGUGCCUUACGACGUAGUGCCCCACCCUUACGCCCCAGGGGCCUAUGACAAAAAGGCCCCGCCCGGGUAUGUCCGAAAUGUGUUCCAAGAUCCUCAAGCUGGCGAGCUCGCCCGUGCCAGCUCGUUCGAAGUGAAGUAUACUACUGCCUUCAGCGAUGAAAACCCAAAUGCUUGUGUAAUCAUGUGAAUGUGAAAUCCUUCCUGUUUGUGGUCAUGUGUUUUUGUCUGCAAGUCCAAUUUUUCAGAUAAAACUAGCUAGAGGAAUGUAUAUAUAUAAGAACUAUGUAUGUAUAUUGAGAUAGAUUCAUGUGUGAGUUAAAAGAAUCAUGGAACAAAGAACCUUGCAAGUUAUA